UCAGCGUAAACCGUUCAGCCGGAGCCUGGUAACCGAGUGGCGGCUGCAGCAACGGUCGUCAGCUCCUCCGCGCGGCCGGGCGGGGCGAAGCGGCAGCUCUGCUUGGGCUGGGCUGGGCGAGCCGCGGCCGGAGACCCCCGCUGCCGAGAGUAGCGCUGCCAGGGGGCCUUGCAGCUGCAGCCCCGGCACGGGGCGAGGGACGCAGCUGCGUCCCCGCUGCCUGCCCCGCUGCCAGCCGCGAGCAGGAGGCGGCACCGGUCGCUGGUGCGCAGAUUCUCCCUCGCCCGCGGAGGCGGGGGCGUCCCUGCCUUCACCGGCACCUAGUGGAGGGGGCGGAUGGUGUGAGGCAGCCGGGACCGGGGUCACCGCGGCGGGGGGCUGAGGGUGGACGCUCCGCCAGUGACCUGGGCAGCGUGUGCGGUCAGGGCGUGCGGCAUCGCCUCGCCACCCCCCGGGCGCUUUCCUGGAAAGCGGAGCGGGAGGGGUAGCGGGGUCUCGCUGUGAAGAUGGCGACCCCCGGGAUGAACUGGCAGCAGCAUUACUACGGCGGCGGCGGCUCCUCAGCCAGCGCUGGGAAAUUCGCCGCGUCCAGUUCCCAGCUGGGGCUCAGCAUGGAAUACAGCCAGGAUCUGCACCUCAAAAUGAGCAAGAAAAUAGCCCAGCUCACCAAGGUAAUAUAUGCUUUAAACACUAAGAAUGAUGAACAUGAAGCUGCUAUUCAAGCCCUUAAGGAUGCUCAUGAAGAAGAAAUCCAACAAAUUCUUGCAGAAACAAGAGAGAAGCUCUUACAGUAUAAGAGUAAAGUUGCUGAAGAAAUGGAUCUUAAGAGAAAGAUCCAGGUUUUGGAAGAGUCAUUGGAAGAUCAUAAAAAGAUGAAACAUCAAGCCUUGACAGAAUUUGAAGCUUACAAGGACAGAGUUGAAGAUAUGCAGCUUUGUGCAGAAGCCCAGCAUGUCCAGCGAGUAGUAACUAUGUCAAGAGAAGUAGAAGAGAUUAGAAAGAAGUUUGAGGAGAGGCUACGAAACUUUGUACAGUUGCAAGUACAGUUUGAGAAAGACAAACGCUCAGCUCUGGAAGACUUGAGAGCAGCACACAGAUUGGAGAUUCAAGAACUUCUGAAAACUCAGCAGAAUCAGAAUGCUACUUUAAGUAAGGGGCAAGAGAAGCUAGAGGAGUUGCACAGCUUGGAACUGGAAGAUUUAAACAGCAAAGUUGAAGAGCUAAGACUGGAGAGGAAAAAACUCAUUGAGGAGUAUGAAGGCAAACUCAGCAAAGCUCAAUCCUUUUAUGAACAUGAACUUGAUGCUUUGAAAAGAUCUCAGCUCUUUACAGCUGAAAGCCUGCAUGCCUGCAAAGAGAAAGAAGUGGAGCUAAGAAGAGAGUUUCAAAGCCAAGAAGCUGUUUUGCGGAAGAACCUUGGGAAACUGAAGACUGAAUUGCAGAUGGUACAGGAUGAAGCGGGUAGUCUGCGAGAAAAAUGCCAAAAGCUUCAGGUAGCUCUCGGUACAGCAGAAAACACUGUUCAGGUGCUUCAAAAACAGCUAGAUGAUGUCAAGGAGGAGGAGAUAUCAUUGUUAAGCAAACACAAGGAGGUGGAAAGUGAGCUAGCAGCUGCUAGGGAACGCUUACAGCAGCAGGCCACAGAUCUUGUACUCAAAGCCAGUCACAUUGGAAUUCUUCAAGCUACACAGAUGACACAGGAAGUUACAAUAAGAGAUUUAGAAUCGGAAACAUCUAGAUUAAAAGAGAAACUAUCUCAGAUGGAAGAGGAAAGAAAUCUAUUGCAGAGCAAAACACAAAGUCUGGAUGAAAGACAAAGGCAGCAGAUUCUGGCAAUGGAAAAGAAGGUAAAUGAAGCAAGGGAAACACAACGAGAGUAUUAUGAGAAAGAGCUGAUAAAGCUGCAAACCAGAUUGGAAGGGGAGGCUGCACAGUUAAAUGAGGCUCAUUCUAAGACUUUGGAAGAAUUAGCAUGGAAACAUCACACUGCGAUUGAGGCUGCACACAGCAAUGCUACCAAGGAAAAGAAAAAGCUGCAACUGGAGUUGGAGCAGCAAUUUGAAAAGGAGAAACUACAUCUGGAAGGGGAUAAGAAUCAGCUUAGACAGCAGUUGGAAAAUAUGAGGGAAGAACUGACAACAAAGCUGACUUCGGCCAAUCAGGAGUUGUGUCGUCUACAAGACCUAGUAAGAAAAAGUGAACAGGGCCUUGGUACUGCAGAAGGACACAUCUCCAAUCUUCAGGAAACCCAGGAAAUACUCCAAAAAGAACUAGAGUUAACCAGAGCAAGGCUGAGAGAGACCACGGAUUCAUUGUAUAAUGUUGAGGGGGAACUAGAACAGGAGAGACAGCAGCAUGAAGCAAAGAUUUCUGCCAUGAGGGAAGAGGAGAAGAUGAAAGUUGACAGAAUGGCUCGUGACCUAGAAAUAAAAUGGACAGAAAAUCUUCGGCAAGAAUAUAGUAAACUUCGUGAAGAGUUGAGGCUUCAGCAUGAAGAGGAUAAAAAGGCAGCCAUGACUCAGCUCUUGCAACUGAAAGAACGCGAAAAAAAUGCUGCCAGGGAUGGAUGGCAAAAAAAAGUGGAAGAUCUUUUAGACCAGAUCUCCUUGCUGAAACAGAAUCUGGAGAUGCAGCUUUCCCAGUCUCAGAGCUCCUUGCAACAGCUACAGGCACAGUUUAGUCAGGAGCGACAAAGACUUACCCAGGAGCUCGAGGAACUGGAAGAAGAGCAUCAGCAAAGGCAUGAAUCCCUGAAGGAAGCACAUAUACUUGCAUUCCAGAACAUGGAACAGACAAAAGAACAAGAACAAAAGGAACUAGAAGAGCAUUUACAACAAAAGCAUUUAGAAGAACUUCAGACACUGAAAGAAGCACACAAACAAGCUAUGGAAGGUUUCAAAUUGGAAAUGGAACAGGAACUUCAAACUCUUCGAUUUGAGUUGGAAGAUGAAGGGAAAGCUAUGCUAGCUUCUUUGCGCUCAGAGCUAAAUCAUCAACAUGCAGCAGCAAUUGACCAACUAAAGCACAACCAUCAACAAGAAUUGGUAGCUGCUAAAAUGGAACUUGAAAGAAGUAUAGAACUCAGCAGACGACAGGAGAAGGAAUUUUUGUGCCGAGUAUCAGAUCUACAGGAGGAACUCAAACAUCGUGACCAUCAUAUAUCUGAAUUGGACAAGGAGAUUCUGACUCUGCAUGAGAAUAUAAGUGCCCUAACCAAGGAACUGGAGUUUAAGGGGAAAGAGGUUCUCAGAAUACGCAGUGAAUCCAACCAACAGAUUAGGAUACAUGAGCAAGAUUUAAGCAAGAAACAUGAGAAAGAGCUGGAUGUCAUGACAGCAGACCACAUCAGAGAGAAACAAAGCAUACUCGCAGAUUUUAAUAAGACCCAAGAGCUACUCAAGGAAAUUAAUUCAGCUUUACAAGUUUCUUUAGAAGAAAUGGAAGAGAAAUACCAAAACAGAGAAUCAAGACCAGAAGAUUUACAGCUUAUUGCAGAGUUGAAAGACCUGAUUGCAGAGAGGGACCAACUCAUAAAGAAACUGAUCGAUGACAAAAAAUUCUAUCAACUAGAACUAGUCAACAGAGAGACUAACUUCAACAAAGUGUUUAAUGCAAGCCCUAAUGUCGGAGUUAUUAAUCCACUGGUGAAGCAAAAGAAGAAGAAUGAUAAAUCAACAAACAGGUUUGUGAGUGUCCCCAAUCUAAGUGCUCUGGAAUCUAGCGGAGUGGGCAAUGGACAUCCUAACCGCCUGGAUCCCAUUCCUAAUUCACCCAUCCACGAUAUUGAGUUCAACAGCAGCAAACCACUUCCACAGCCAAUACCACCCAAAGAGCCCAAGACGUUUUUGAGCCCUCCUCAGACUGAAGCUUCACCCGAUCCACAGCGCCAGGAAUGGUUUGCCCGAUACUUCACAUUCUGAGAGAGAAAUGUUUUUUGUGGCAUAGCGUGGUGUGGAUUGUUUAUAAGAGCAUGUCUUUAAGUAAAUCCUAUGUGAACAAGGAUUUAGUUAGUUUCCUGUACUAUGUCAAACACUGUGAAUGAGAGAGUAUUUGUCUGAGUUGAAAAUGCACUGUAUUUCAUGUGGUAUUUGUUGGAAUCACUUGACAUGAUUCUAUAUAAUGUGCGUAAUUAUAUCAAUUAUUUUUAUUUAAAAUGGAAGAGUCUUUAAACUUUGUAAUUAUUACAUAAUAAAUUUUGGUAGAACAAACAUAAGGCUUUCCCCAUUUUUCUUAUAAAUAUAUGUUUUCUUUGGUUGCAGGAAGGCUCCCCCUCCUCCCAAAGCAAUGUACUGCAUGGUUAUAAUAAAUCAAAAUAAUCUUUCAAUGAUAAAUAAAAUAAAAUAAAAAAUAUCAGACUAGGCAAGGUAUGUUUAAUUCAUCCCAAAUUUAUUUUUAUUUGUAGCACUUUAAAAAUUGUCCUCUUACUUACAUUUAAAGUGGUGAAGACGAAAUAAAUCAGACAUAGUUUAGCUGCUAGCCUUCAAAACUGAGUGACUUUGACAAGACCAUAAAAAAAAUUUAGGGCAUUUUCUUUUUUGCUAACUUCUUACCUACUGCUCAUUAGACCCUGCACUCUAGAAAUAACCAGUACAUUUGAUGUUGAGUUUCACCAGAACCUGCCUUCAUGAAUUACCUGUUUAUUUUUUGAAUAUCUACAAAGAAAAAUGAUCUUUGGAACAUUUGGGAUACUAAACUAAGUAUCACUGGGUAAACCAAGAAUCAUAAAGGAAAUCUGCAUUUUGAGGACAUCCUCCUUCAGGCGGAAUAAAGGCUUUAAAAGUAACCGUAUGCACACAAUCGUAUGCACAUCUUUUAUAAAAGCUCAAGUGUAUUCAAUUGUCUACAUAAAGGGAGUUUCCUUUUUACCUUUUGACAUGAAUUCAUGGACUACUUGGCUUUUUCAGGUAGUAAGCCUGAUUCUCUAGUCUGUUACGCCAGUGCAACACCAGUGUUACUUCAUUGCCAGACAACUGCUAUAACAGAUUGGAGAAUCAGGCCUACUGUCUUUAUUAUUUAUAUUUUUGAUAAUUCAAAGAUUACCACAAAGUAAUUAACACUGGUAGUCUCAGGGAGAAAAAUAUCUUUGUUUUAUGAAUGUAUUUUAAAUCUGAAACUCUCCUUAGAAACAGUAAAGGACUAUUUUGAUUUAUUAUUUAAAUAAGGUUUUAAUCGGCAAAUACAAAAGCACAUAGAUCUUCAUUAUUUCUUCUGAAGCCCUGACUAUAUCCUAUUUCCCUUUAUAUACAAAUAUCUAGUAAAAGAUACUCUCAUUAAUUAUAAGUUUUAUAUGUAGUUUAUAUAUAAAUGAACAAUUUGUAUGUUUUCAUAUAAAAUAUUCUAAAUGAAAUUUUUGAACACGUAUCUUCUAUAACUCAUCUUGAAAACUUCACUGAAAGCCAUGCUCUGGUGAUGCUGCCAUAGUGUAAAGUAAACAGCAGAUUCUGUGUAGUAGGUGGACUCAUCUGUAGGUAUAUGCAACUUUUUAAUUUUAAAAGAAAGCCAUAUUGGGCCAAAAUGUUAGAUUUCUUGGCUGUUACCUGAAAUAAAACACACUAGAUCAUUUUGCUAUAACAUUCUGAAGUGAGUGUUGUAUUUUUUCUUCUCUGCCUUGCCAGUGUUAUUAAAAGGACACUGCUUCUUUGCCGACUCAGUACCUCAUUGAUUAGGGCGUUAAGUUGCAUAAUCGUACAUUUUUGCUUAUGGAAUUUAUAGAUAUAAACUAUAAAUAAAACCAACUAAACUCCACUUCAGAUUUUCCUGUUCAUGCAUUUUUUGCUCUCUUUAGUAAAUGGUGUAUUGGUAGCCUCUGCCAUUGUGCAUUAGCUUUCCAGUGGUGAGGAGAACAAACUCAAGAAACCAUCAGUUCCAGAGUCUUUUAAGGUCAGCAGCUUUCCAACUGACAAACAAGUGUGUCCUGACAAAACCAGUCAAAUCCCAAAGAACCCAGGAAAACUGAAAAGUUUCUGCCAAAUGGUAUCCAGAAUGCUUGAUGCAAACUUUAUUCCACAUUAUUUUAACUGUCAAGCUUGCAUGUUAGAUUCACAUAGGAAUCUGCAUUACCAGAUUAGAUCAUUGUUCCAUCUAGACUUCUUUCCUACUUCUUUCAGUUUGUGAUGCUUUAGAGAGAGAAAAAAAAAUCCUUAAUGCCGCUGGCUAAGAGCCCAGUCCUGCAAACCCUUUCUCUCACAUGUAGUCUUUCCUCACAUAGCCUUCUCAUCCUCAUAUUAGUUCCAUAGGAAUAGUCUUAUGAGGGACUGGGCAAAUUCCUUCUUAGCUCUCAUGAGUGACAUUUUAGCAUUCUGAUGCAUGAGAUUAGUUUAUCUAUAUCAUUGUCCAAAUAUAAAUAUCAUUAAUGGUAAUACAAUUGACUAUCCCUUUUGUUGUUACAAGUUUAUCAAGAACAUUUGGGGUUGUUAUGUAUCAACAUUAAAUAUUCAAAUAAAUUAACAAGUAGUAAAGUACACAGGCAAACUCAAAGAGACACUUUAACACUUAUAUGCUUGGUCAAAAGCAUAGCAAAACUAUGGUUUAGUCAAUAUUACACUUCUCCAGAGACAGUAGCAUGAUAAGGGAAUAAAGUUCAGUGAUGAACUGCAUUUGACAUAAUGGCAAAAUGCAAAAAAAUCCCAUGAACAAUCAUAAGGUUGUCUUAAAAUUCAGCUACAGGGCCACAUUCUCUUCUUGAAGCUGGACCCUUUUUUCAUUUUGUGUUACAAAAGGGCUGGAAAACUGGUGGAUAUCCCCAGUUGGCAGAAAACUGUUUUAGUUGAGUCUUCCAUCAGCCUCCUUGUAACCUCCCAGUAAAGGGGACAUGGGAGUCUGGGUCAUGGCAGCUCUGGUCAGCACUGCCAACCGGGCCAUUAAAAGUCCCAUCAUUGGUGUUGCCUGGCUAAGGCAGGCUAGUCCCUACCUGUUCUGACACCGUGCUGCACCCCGGAAGUGGCCAGCAGCAGAUCUGGCUCCUAGGCAGGGGAAGGCGGCAGCAUGGGACUCCGUGCACUGCCCCCACCAGAGCACCAGCUCCACGCUCCCAUUGGCCAGGAACCAUGGCCAAUGGGAGGGUGGGGGCAGUGCCUGUGGGUGAGAGCCACUUAGAGCCGCUUGUGUGCUUCCAUCUAGGAGCCAGACCUCCUGCUGGCUGCUUCCGUGCACAGCGCGGUCUGCGGUACCAGGACAGGCAGGCAGCCUGCCUUAGCACCCCCACUGCGCCACUGACCAGGAGCUACCCAAGGUAAGCCUGUGCUCCAACUCCACACCCCAAUCCCCUGCCCCAGCCCUGAGCCCCCCCCCAAACAUGAAGCCCAUUCCUGCACCCCAAACCCUUCAUCCCCAGCCCCACGCCAGAGCCUGCACCCCCAGCCCUGAUCCCCUCCACCCCAACCCCCUGCCC